AUGGCUGCUCACGGCCUGGACCAGACAAUCCUUCGGGAUCCAGCGCUCUUCUACUGGAUCCUGAUACCUAUUUCAGUGGUCAUGAUCCUUACCGGUAUCCUCCGCCACUAUGCCACCGUUCUUAUGACCAGCUCUCCCAAACCCGCCGCCAGCCUAGCAGAGUUCCGCGAAAGACUCGCUCUCUUCCGUGGAGUUAACCUACGAAGCAAUGCGUCUGCUGUCCUUACUCCCUCGAGCUUGGCCUCGCGCAAAGCAUACUUGAUCAAUGCAUACAAAAGCGGCGCCUUCUUGAAAGAUCCGGAAAACCGUGGCGGUGGGGCGCCAAACCCCAUGACGGACCCGGCUGGCAUGGACGCAAUGAUGGGGAUGAUGAAGGGAAACAUGGCCAUGAUGAUUCCACAGACUCUUAUUAUGUCUUGGAUCAACGCCUUCUUUUCCGGAUUUGUGAUUUUGAAACUUCCAUUCCCAUUGACCAUUAGAUUCAAGUCUAUGCUUCAAUCUGGUGUCAUGACCCGCGAUCUCGAUGUGAGAUGGGUCUCCAGUUUGUCCUGGUAUUUCCUGAAUUUGUUCGGUCUCCAAUCUGUUUUUGGAUUUAUACUAGGAAGUGACAAUUCCGCUGGCCAGGUGAUGCAGCAAAUGGGGGUGACGAACCCUGGUGUGAAUCCAUUCCAGCCGGGACAAGACCCAGAGAAAAUAUUCCAGGGCGAGGCAGAGAAUAUUGAGGUUAUGGAACAUUAUUGCAUCCUAGACGGAAUCGAGGAGAGGUUACUGCAAAAGGCGUCAUGA